AUGCAGCGGUCUCAACUUGCAAGGAAGUUUGCCACACAGGUUGGCGCUUAUUCUCUACUCCGUGGCCGGUGCCACGCAGUGUCGACAUGGAAGGUUAUGGCUACUCAAGCUGUUACUAUUCCGAUGUACCUUCCUGUUCGGUUUCACUCUGAAGGUCACGCAGCGGGGGAGGAAGCCGGUCGAACUGGGCAGUACCUCCUAAACAAAGAUGACGUUCUGACACGUGUACUUGAAGUCGUCAAAAACUUUGAGAAAGUCGAUGCCUCAAAGGUAACACCGCAGUCACACUUCGUCAAUGAUCUUGGAUUGAACUCACUGGACGUUGUUGAAGUUGUUUUUGCUAUCGAGCAAGAGUUUAUUUUAGACAUCCCAGAUCAUGAUGCCGAGAAAAUUCAGUCUAUUACCGAUGCAGUGGAGUACAUUUCUCAGAACCCAAUGGCCAAGUAA